AUGGAUACGUAUUCUGAAAUAUACCCCCUGGAAUCUGCUCUGUGGGUAGGACAAGUACCAGUGGCAGAAGUCAUUGUUGCACAAUAUGCUCUCAAUGACAUGGAAGACAAAUUAAAUGAAAUAAAUGUGUGGCGGCAAAAGAAGAUGUGGGAGAAGCUCUUCUCGUUGUGCAAGAUGGAGAUCGGCAGAAUGAGGGAGGUAAGGAGGGAGAAUAAAGCCGAAAUCCUGGUUGAUGCCGGCUGCUUAACCGACAUCCACGACGAUGAUGGGUAUAUCCCUCUGCAGCUGCCAUCAAAGAGAGAGUGCCUUGGUGUGAUGACGGAACUGAUCACCGGCGGAGCUGACACAGCUCAGAAAGAUCGCCAGGGAGGGACUUUCCUUCAUAUGGCCCUGCAACAUAGCGUGGAGGCUGCGGCAGAGAUGCUGGUGGCGGCCAUCCCCGAUCUGAACGUCCCAGACCGUCAGAGGCGAACACCCUGCAUUGGGCUGAAAGAAACGAUGUCAGAAGUCAUUGUUACGUAUUAUGCCCUCAAUGACAUGGAAGACAAAUUAGAUGAAAUAAAUGUCUCGCGGCAAGAGAAGAUGUGCGAGAAACUGCUCCCGAUGAGUAAGAUCGAGAUCGACAGGAUGAGAGAGGUCCAGGUAAAAGGAUCCUAG